AGAGUUUGUGCGAGAAGGGAAGAGAUUAACUCGGGCUGCACGCAGGCAAACCACGGAGCUGCUAGCAGUUAGCCUUAGCCGCCUUGUCACUUCUCCGUCCUCAAGUCCUCUCCCGGCCACUCUGCUCUCCAGCCCCGUCCUCUCCACGCCAUUUCUUUGAGUGCGCAUAUGAAGCAAAUUGAUCCAAAGUAGCAAAGGAGCUCCCUCCCCACCAUCCCGCUUCUUCCUCCUUCAAGCGUGACCGUGUGUGUGUGUGAGCUACGUGGGCAAAACCCAAACAAACAAGCCAACGCGCCCUUCAAAUAGGCUACUGUUUACAAUCGGUGUCCUGUUACCUGUCAUCGGAUGCACAACACGAUGAUGCGCUACGUUGCAGUGCGAGGCGGCCUCGGCUUGCUUGCCGUGAGGAGGGCGUGUCUGCUCUACCGGUUCGCCCAUUCGGCCCCGCAGAGCCACCACCGGCCCAUCAAGAAAGUGAUGGUGGCUAAUCGAGGUGAGAUCGCCAUCCGUGUGUUCAGAGCUUGCACCGAGCUGGGGAUUCGGACGGUGGCCGUCUACUCUGAGCAGGACACUGGCCAGAUGCACAGGCAAAAAGCAGAUGAGGCCUACCUGAUUGGAAAAGGUCUGGCGCCGGUCGCCGCUUACUUGCACAUCCCUGACAUCAUCAAAGUAGCCAAGGACAACAACGUGGACGCCAUCCACCCAGGCUACGGAUUCCUGUCGGAGCGCUCGGACUUUGCUCAAGCCUGCGUCGACGCCGACGUGAUGUUUGUCGGACCGACUCCGGAAACCGUCCGCAAGAUGGGCGACAAAGUAGAGGCCCGCUCCCUUGCCAUCAGUGCCGGUGUACCGGUGGUCCCGGGAACCGACUCCCCCAUCAGCGGCCUACAGGAAGCCCACGCCUUCGCCCAGACCUACGGCUUCCCCAUCAUCUUCAAAGCGGCCUACGGGGGCGGCGGCCGAGGCAUGAGGGUGGUCCGAGAGUACGAGGAACUUGAAGAGAAUUACCAGCGGGCCUACUCGGAAGCGCUGACGGCUUUCGGCAAUGGCGCUCUGUUUGUGGAGAAGUUUAUUGAAAAACCGAGACAUAUUGAAGUGCAGAUCCUCGGAGAUAAAUACGGUAAUGUCAUCCACCUCUACGAGAGAGACUGCUCCAUUCAGCGGCGCCACCAAAAGGUGGUGGAGAUCGCGCCGGGUUUCCAACUGGACCCUCAGCUAAGAAACCGGCUUCAUUCGGACGCUGUCAAUCUCGCCAAAAUGGUGGGCUACGAAAACGCGGGCACGGUGGAGUUCUUGGUGGACAAACACGGCAAGCACUACUUUAUUGAAGUCAACUCGCGGCUUCAGGUGGAGCACACGGUGACGGAGGAAAUCACUGACGUGGACCUGGUGCACGCUCAGCUAAACGUGUGCGCUGGCCGCAGCUUGCCAGAACUGGGCCUCAGACAGGACAAGAUCAGAGUCAACGGCUGCGCCAUCCAGUGCAGGGUGACCACCGAGGACCCGUCCAGAGGCUUUCAGCCAGACACCGGCAGGAUCGAGGUAUUCCGAAGCGGCGAAGGCAUGGGCAUCCGUCUGGACAGCGCCUCGGCCUUUCAGGGCGCCGUCAUCUCGCCGCACUACGACUCCCUUCUGGUCAAAGUCAUCGCCAGCGGCAAGGACCUGUCCACCGCCGCCUCCAAGAUGAGCCGAGCUCUGGCCGAGUUCAGAGUGAGGGGGGUCAAGACCAACAUCCCGUUCCUGCAGAAUGUAUUCUCCAACCACCAGUUCCUCCACUCCACCGUGGACACGCAGUUCAUCGACGAGAACCAGGAGCUGUUCAACCUCAAGCCCACGCAGAACCGAGCACAGAAGCUGCUGCACUAUCUGGGUCACGUGAUGGUGAACGGACCGACCACGCCCAUCCCGGUGAAGGCCAAGCCGUCUUCUAUUGACCCGGUCAUCCCACCUGUCACCAUGGGAGAUCCUCCGGUGGGAUUCCGCGACAUCCUGCUGCGCGAUGGUCCGGAGGGAUUCGCCAAAGCCGUGCGUGACCACCAGGGCCUCUUACUGAUGGACACCACCUUCAGAGAUGCCCACCAGUCCCUGCUGGCAACCAGAGUGCGCACCCACGACUUGAAGAGAAUCUCACCCUUUGUCAGUCAUAAUUUCAACAACCUUUUCAGCCUGGAGAACUGGGGAGGUGCCACCUUCGACGUGGCGAUGCGCUUCCUGUCCGAGUGCCCGUGGAAGAGGCUGCAGGAGUUGAGGGCUUUGAUCCCAAAUGUUCCCUUCCAGAUGUUGCUGAGGGGAGCCAACGCCGUGGGCUACACCAACUACCCCGACAAUGCCGUCUUCAAGUUCUGCGAGGUGGCAAAAGAGAACGGCAUGGAUGUCUUCCGGGUUUUCGAUUCCCUCAACUACCUGCCCAACAUGCUGCUGGGCAUGGAAGCCGCCGGAUCGGCGGGAGGCGUGGUGGAGGCCGCCAUCUCGUACACGGGCGACGUGUCGGACCCCGCCAGACAGAAGUAUUCCCUCGGCUACUAUCUGGAGCUGGCGGAGGAGCUCGUCAAAGCCGGAACGCACAUCCUUUGCAUCAAGGAUAUGGCCGGCCUGCUGAAGCCCGAGUCCAGCAAGCUACUCAUCGGAGCCUUGAGGGACCGCUUCCCGCACGUGCCCAUCCACGUGCACACGCACGACACGGCCGGCGCCGGCGUGGCCGCCAUGCUGGCGUGCGCGGAGGCCGGAGCUGACGUUGUGGAUGUGGCGGUUGACUCGAUGGCUGGCAUGACGUCUCAACCCAGCAUGGGAGCGAUGGUCGCCUGCGCCAAAGGAACCAAGAUGGACACCGGUAUCGCUCUGGAGAAGGUGUUUGACUACAGCGAGUACUGGGAAGUGGCUCGAGGCCUCUACGCUCCGUUCGACUGCACGGCCACCAUGAAGUCCGGCAACGCCGACGUCUACGAGAACGAGAUACCCGGAGGACAGUACACCAACCUUCACUUCCAGGCGCAUAGUAUGGGCCUGGGGAACAAGUUCAAGGAGGUGAAGAAGGCCUACACCGAAGCCAACAAGCUACUUGGAGACCUCAUUAAGGUGACACCGUCCUCCAAGAUUGUAGGGGACCUGGCUCAGUUCAUGGUCCAGAACAACCUGAGCCGCGCCGAGGUGGAGGAGAGGGCCGAUGAGCUUUCCUUCCCUCUGUCCGUAGUGGAAUUUCUUCAGGGUUACGUUGGGAUACCGCACGGAGGAUUCCCGGAGCCCUUUCGAUCCAAGGUCCUCAAGUCGCUCCCCCGCAUAGAGGGCCGCCCCGGCGCCUCGCUGCCGCCGAUGGACUUCAAAUCCCUGGAGGAGGGUCUACGGGCGGCGCACGGCGAUGACAUCACCCCCGAAGACGUCAUGUCAGCAGCCAUGUAUCCCAAGGUGUUCCAGGAGUUCAAGGAAUUCACUGCUAACUUUGGGCCAGUGGACUGUCUCAGCACCAGACUCUUCCUGGAUGGACCAAAGAUCGCCGAGGAGUUUGAGGUGGAGCUAGAGAGGGGUAAGAUCCUGCACAUCAAGGCCCUCGCCCUGGGUGACCUGAACAAGGCCGGCCAGAGGGAAGUCUUCUUUGAGCUGAAUGGACAGCUGAGAUCUGUGCUGGUGAAAGACACGGUCGCCAUGAAGGAGAUGAAGUUCCAUCCCAAGGCCCAAAAGUCCAUCAAGGGUCAAGUGGGCGCGCCCAUGCCCGGAAAAGUAUUGGAGGUCAAAGUGGCAGUAGGCGACAAGGUGGAGAAAGGGCAGCCUCUGUGCGUCCUCUCCGCCAUGAAAAUGGAGAUGGUGGUCAACUCGCCGCUGUCUGGCACCAUCAAGGCGGUGCACGUCGUCGCCGACUCCACCCUGGAGGGCGACGACCUCAUCCUUGAGAUUGAGGAGUAGAGUGAGAAGGUCUGUUCGGUGGGGUGGGGGGGGAGCAGGGGAUAGGGGGAUUCUGUCUAGUUUGCUGCAAGUGAGGUGCGGGCUUUAUUUUUACAUACACAUAGCCAGGAGGAUGUAGAGUAGAAACGCACAAUAAUAUAUACAAUGUAAAAUAGUAAUUAUUUAGUCAUUCUCCAGGAUGAGGACUAGUUUCACCUGAGCUACAUUCCAUCACUCGUCUUAAACUAAAACACGCGCAACGCUACCUUGCAAUCAAAUGUUAUCAGCACACCGAUGAUUUGCAACGAUAAGACGGAGCGAGUAGGCGCUGCGUAAUGCCGUCGGCCCGACUUAUUCCUUCUCCGUCAUCUCAAAGUUCCGAGGCCAAGUGUUAAGGCUUUCUAAUCAUUAGGCUUUCGUGUCAAGUGCAUUCUGGGAAUGUGUGAUAGUGGUUGGGACCGUUUGUUUGGGCCAUAUUCCAGCUCGUCAUCACGGCAAAGGUCGCGUUACUGUAUCAGUAACAUCAGCGAGCGCUCGUUAAUCCGUAUCACGUCGGAGUAUAGACUUUACGUGGUGUAAACGAGACAAGGCCCCGAUGUGAGGCAGACUCGCUGUGUUGCCCCCCCCCCCCCUCCAUGAAGCUCUGCUGAUUCAUUUCUUCGUUAAUACUCUGUCAAGUGAUGUGAAAUUAGCCGGACUAAUAAGAGACUCUGGAGACCCCCGGCAGCAGCGGCGCGGCGCCGAUUCUUCUUGUGCCCUUGCAUACAUUAGCCUAAUUGUGUGUACGCAAGCAAAUUUCCAAGCGGCUCCCGCCAUGCUGCACCUCCAGAGGUUGAAAAAGUAAAACAGCUUCUAAACGAAAUGGCAUAUUGACAAACACGGAGGCAUUAAAGCGUGUAGAGGAAAUAACUAUGCACCAAUGGUAAAUUCAAACACCCAUGGCCCCGCCCCCUUUCCUCCCCUUCAGUGCCGCUUCCGCCACAAUCUCCCCUCGACAUCAUGCUAGUAUACGGUUGACUGGCGCCGUCGCCGACCUGAACACUGGCUCCAUCCUCGCCAGCCUCUGCUCGUCAGGUCAUCAAAUACUUCUAACGUUACGCCAUCUACUGGUCAGUUACUGUGAUGUAUGUUUCUUUUUUUUUUAAUCGCUAUAUAGUUAUAUCCAAGCAACCAAAAUGUUUACGCUUUCAUAAGCAAAAUAUUUUGCAAAAGUGUUAGUUUACAUUUACUGAAGGUGCCCGUGUGUAGCCUGUCCUAGAUUAGAAGCACAACUGAAACAACAAAGACACAAAAA